CCGCCGCCAUGCGGUUCCGGUUCGGGGUGGUGGUGCCGCCCGCGGUGGCCGGGGCCGGGCCGGAGCUGCUGGUCGUGGGGUCGCGGCCCGAGCUGGGGCGCUGGGAGCCGCGCGGGGCCGUGCGCCUGAGGCCGGCGGGCACCGCGGCGGGCGCGGGGGCGCUGGCGCUGCAGGAGCCGGGCCUGUGGCUCGGGGAGGUGGAGCUGGCGCCGGAGGAGGCGGUGCAGGACGGGGCGGAGCCGGGCCGCGUGGACACGUUCUGGUACAAGUUCCUCAAGCGGGAGCCGGGAGGAGAGCUCUUCUGGGAAGGCAAUGGACCUCACCAUGACCGUUGCUGUACUUAUAAUGAAAACAACUUGGUGGAUGGUGUUUAUUGUCUCCCAAUAGGACACUGGAUUGAGUCAACUGGGCACACCAAUGAGAUGAAGCAUACCACGGACUUCUAUUUUAAUAUUGCAGGCCACCAAGCCAUGCAUUACUCAAGAAUUCUACCAAAUAUCUGGCUGGGUAGCUGCCCUCGUCAGGUGGAACAUAUAACCAUCAAACUGAAGCAUGAAUUGGGGAUUACAGCUGUAAUGAAUUUCCAGACUGAAUGGGAUAUUGUACAGAAUUCCUCGGGCUGUAACCGCUACCCAGAACCCAUGACACCAGACACCAUGAUUAAGCUCUAUAGGGAAGAAGGCUUGGUCUACAUCUGGAUGCCGACACCAGAUAUGAGCACCGAAGGCCGAGUGCAGAUGCUGCCCCAGGCGGUCUGUCUCCUGCAUGCGCUGCUCGAGAAUGGACACACCGUGUACGUUCACUGCAACGCCGGGGUCGGCAGGUCCACCGCGGCCGUCUGCGGCUGGCUCCAGUACGUGAUGGGCUGGAAUCUGAGGAAGGUGCAGUACUUCCUCAUGGCCAGAAGGCCAGCUGUGUACAUUGAUGAAGACGCCCUGGCCCGGGCAGAAGAAGACUUUUUUCAGAAAUUUGGGAAGGUUCGUUCUUCCAUAUGUGGUGUGUAG